AUGCUUUGUGAGUUCAUUCUAGAGCGGUUUACAUCAAACAUUCUAAGCUUUUUAUAUUAUACUAGGCUUCCAACAUUACACUUGCCCAGUUUUCAGUUCGACUCUUCGAGUCCCCAAUUUUGGUCUCGAAUUGGUUCAUUGUGAGUCAAUAGCGCCCAAGUCAACGAAUCGGCUCUUCUAGACCAUCAGCAUGGCUGAUCCACACACUGUUUUCUGGGCGCUUCUUGCGUUGGCGGCGCCGAUUUCGGCCGAACCGGUCGCCGAUCCCAUGCUCCAAACAGUGGCCAUGUACAUGCAGGAUGAGUCGUGUCAUUUGUUCGGGGGCUUCGUUUACGACGGAACCUUUCAUCCGCAGCCAAUGAAGGACGUGAAUUUGUACGUGGUGGAGGAGGGAAAGGUUGAAGAGGCCGACAAGGGGUGCAAAAGAAGUUUGAAUUCGAUUGUUCCGCUGAUGCAUGGACACUUUUUGUUGGCGAUCAGCAAAGGCAAGUCGGAGAACACCAAGUUCCAUUAUGCGGUGAGUUUUUUUCUUUUUUUUUUCUUUUUUUUCUUUUUUUGAAGAAAAUAGGGGCUUUGGGGUACCCUAUCAAUUUUUUCUAUCUUUUCUUUUACAAAAAUCCCUUUUUUUUAACAACUGAUUUGAAUUCUAGCUCCACAAGUUCGACAGGGAAAGGGGUCUUGGCGUGGCCAGACUUUUGAUCGAAGAGGAUUACGAAGUUGCAGCCCAGACCGAAAACAAUGUCAAGUACUUCCUCCAGUGGUGUUUCAAUGAAAUGCAAGCAUUUGUGAUCUGCGUUGGAUAUAGAGAGGUAGGGAUAUUGCUUAUUUGGGAUUUGUACGGGUUCUUUUUCGGGUUGAAGUUAGUUUCAGUGAAAGUUCAUAAUUUUUUGGGUCCCACCACGAAAGUCUUAAAAGUGCUGAUUAUGGUCUGAAGUGGUUGAAAGUGGGGUAAAUUUUGACUAAUGUGGUAAAAUAGUUUUACAGAGAGGUUGAUUGCUGUAGAAGGAUUAAAAAUGGCACUUUUGGGUCCCACCACGAAAACCUGAAUUUUUCCAAAAAUGUUCAAAACAAGCCUUUGGCACCGGUUUGUUUCAAGUUUUGCGCUGUGAUUACCAAUUUUGUUAAAACUUGGCUAAUUUUAAGUGGAUGUGUUGGGUCCCACCACGAAGACAUGAAUUUUCCCAAAAUAUUGCUAACGGGUUAGAAUAAGAUUUUUUCAGAACGACAAUGAAGGACUGAUCAUCAAACGCUUCUUCUUCGAUUAUUUCGCCAAGGAGGAGAGGUUCAAAACGACGUCUCCAAUAAUUGAAGUUCAACUCGAACAGAUUACGCACGUCUCCAGAGUGAUCUACGAUCAAAACAGUGGCCACUUUCUGAUCACUCACAAAGGCAUUCAGGGCUAUUCUGACGUGAGUAGAGGCGUUUUUUGUUUGAUUUUCGAUUCUUAUUUUUUCAGAAUAUUCUGGAAGAACGGAGUUUGUACGGCCUGGGCUCGGAGGCGCGUCAAAUUCGGACCAGUUUCGACCCUGCCGCAGCGAUUGGUGUCACUUCGUUUAAUGGAUACCGGUAUGUGUUUGUAACGCCUGAACAUCAAGUGUAUGAUGAGAGCGGUAAAGCCUCGUUGAAUCCGCAGGUUCAUACGGUAAGUUGAUUUUUUUCGAAAUUUGAGCCAUAAAAAUUUUUUGGAAAAAGUUCCUUAUUUUGGCCACAAUAAAGGUACUCCGCGAACUGCGCCCAAACUUGGGCACUAAAGUUAGGAAAAAACGCUUCGACCUAGUUGGCACUGAAUUACUGUAAUAGCUCUAUAGUUUUAAGGGUACCUACGAAGGUUGUGACGACUCAUUUAGUUCCAUACGGAGGCAAUAAGUUUAGUGCCGGACAUGUUUCAUCGUAUAAAGUGUUAAAUCACAGGCUGCAGCCGUUUUUGAAGGGUAGGGUGGUACGUUAAAAAGAAGGCACGUCACUAACUAAAUCCACUGUCCGGGCAUUGACAACGAUGAAUUGAGCGUGCACGCUAAAUUUGGGCUAAUUCCGACCAGUUUCCGCAAAGUUAUAAGUUGUGGCCAAAAUAAGGAACUUUUACCAAUUUUUUUUACCCUCAAAAAACUAACAAACUAAUACCCGUAUUUCAGUUCUACCGCGGUUUUACGGAGUCGUUCACUCUCGCCGAUGAAGUGACGGACAACGGAAAACCCAUGGAAGGAUUGUCCCCUCAGGCCCUCCGGCAUUUGCAAGUGGUCCAUUUGGACGCCAACCCUCUCUACUUGACCCACGGAGUGUCCGGCAUGCCCUUUGUCAAGAUCUUUGAGCGAGAAAAGGUGUGCGGAAACCCUGUACAGGAAAUGGAGAAUUGCUUGCUGGCCCUGGAAAGUCGCCAAACCAUGAUGACUGUCGCCAUUAUCCUCAUUUGCAUCACUUCGGUGGUGUUUUUGCUCAUUGUGGUGGUGAUGGUGAUGGUCGUACUCUUCUGUGUCAAGGUAGGAAAAAGUUGGGAAUUUUUUUGGGGGUUGCACGGUGCAAGGAAAAUUUUUGAAUUUUUGCGCAGUGCAAAAAUUUUUUUGAUAUCGAGAACUCAAAACAAGUAUUUUUGAUUAUUUUGUAUAAAGAAAGUAGUAAGUUUCGCAUCGUCCAAAAAGUUAUUAGUCCAUUAUUUUGGCCUGCACGGUGCGAAAAAAAUUUGAAUUUUUGCACGGUGCAAAGAAUAAUUUUUUUAGUUUAAAUGUUGAAACUCAAAAUAAAGGUAUUUUGAUUAUUUUAUAUAAAGAAAAUAAUCUUCGCAUCGUCCACAAAGUUAUUGAGCGAUUUUUUUGACCUGCACGGUGCAAAGAAAAAAUUUUAUAAUUUUUGCACAGUGCAAGGGAAAAUUUUGAAAAUUUUAGACGGUAGAAUAAGCAAAUGGAUGAUUUGGAGUUUUUGUAAUAAAACGGUGAUUUUUCCGCCGAGUGAAAAACAUUUUUAAAUGAAAUUUUGGUUCUGCACUGUGCGAUUAAAUGACUUUUGUUUUUUCGCACAGUGCAAAAAGUUGAUUGAUUUUUUUGCAUUGUGCGGAUAAAAUAUUAAUUUCAUAGAUGGUUCUUUAAAAAUUUUAGGGGUUUUCACGCUUUUUAGACUACUUUCUUUUAGUUUUUUUCCAUCGCACAGUGCAAUUUUGAGAUUUUUUAAUUUUUGCACAGUGCGGGAAAAAUUUUGAAAAUUUUGCACAGUGCACUAAGAUUUGAGGCUUCAAAAUUAGUUUGGAUACGAUGAAUUCUCUCAUCUUUUUAGGAGCGCAAGAGGAGAAAGCAGCGACGCCUGAAGGUGCAUAAGAAGCUCGGCAAGACGUCCGCCAAGUCUGAAAAGACCAAGAAGAAGGAGCCAGGCACUCCAGCUCCAUCAGCCGCCGAGGAUGAGAAACAUAUGGAUGAUCCGGAGUAAGUGGGGAUUUUUGGAAUUUUUUGAGAUUUUUUGUCGAAAAAUUUGGAAAAAUGGCAAAUUUUUUAAAGAAAAGAUGACUUUUAAUUUGAAAAAUUUUUCAAGUGACGAAUAAUGGGCUAUUUUUGUUGUUUUAAACCGAUUUUUGUUUGGAAAAGUUUCAAAAUUUACCCAGAAAUUGCGAUUUUUUUAUUUUUUUGCCUAAAAAUUAGGGUUUUUUCAAAAAAAAUCAUCAAAAAAAUUUUUGUAAAAUAUACUUUUUUUUGUUAUACUGAAUGUUUGAGUUGGUCUCUAAAAACUUUAUUUUUUCAGUCCGAAAGACAAGAAGGGAAUGGGCGGCUUCUUUGCGCAGCAAAUGCGAAAACUGGCCCAAAUGGAUGAGAUGGAGGAGAUCGAGAAAGAAAAGGAGCAAAAGAAGAAGGGCGGCGACGACGAGGAGGAUGACAGUAACUACGUCCUGGCCAAGGACCACUUCGACGCCAACGAAGCCGCGAAUCCGGACAACAAUAAUGCGCCGGCGCCCGGAGCCGAUGCGUUUGGAGCGCUGGCCCCAACCCAGGAGCCGGCUCCAGAUCACAAAUCCGCCCAGUAUGAAGCCCCUGAAGCCGCCUCUGGCGUCGGUAAAUAA